AUGGCUCACAACAAACCCUUCUUCUCCUUCUCCUUCAACAAAUUGCCAGUGACAAAAGCGUCAACCUCCACUCGGAGGAGCUGCAACGGAAAGCUAAUGAAGGGAGACCUUCUUGAGAAGGUGCGGCCCGGAUAGGUGCGUCAUGAAGAGGCUGGCAGCGGUGGGUGGGGGUUGCCUGUGCCCUCCUGCCUUCACCUUGGCUGCUCAUCGCCUCUGGCCCAUGACGGUGGCAUCUUCCGACACAAACGGACGUCAGUCGGCACUGCAGCGGCACGGAGAUGAAUCAAGAAGUUUCUUCAAGUGUUGAGGCGGAGGACAUGGAGGGAAGAUCUCCGACAAUGGCAGUGUUAUAAGAAAAAACCCCUGCUCCUUUUCUCUUAUGGGGUAUCCAAGAGCCAGUAUAGAGUUCUUAAGUGGGUCCCCUAUUGGUAGGAGAAAAUAACAGAGGCCAACCAGAGUACAGUGGCACCUCGGGUUACAGACGCUUCAGGUUACAGACUCCGCUAACCCAGAAAUAGUACCUUGGGUUAAGAACUUUGCUUCAGGAUGAGAACAGAAAUCGCAUGGCGGCGGCACAGCAGCAGUGGGAGGCCCCAUUAGCUAAAGUGUUUCCUCAGGUUAAGAACAGUUUCAGGUUAAGAACAGACCUCCAGAAUGAAUUAAGUCCUUAACCCGAGGUACCACUGUAUAUUGAGAAGCAAAGCAGCUAGUAAGCCUGAUCUUUCUUAAACUGUUGCAGCGGGGUCCCCACUCACCACACGCAGGAGGGAGGAGCACCCCGAACAAUGGUGCAGAAGCCCUUAUUUAGACAUUUGAAAUUGCCCGCCCUGUAGCCCAAGACCACCCUCCUAAAACAUCAUACAUACAUCACAGAAGGAGGGGUCUACAGCAGGGGAGGCGGUCUACAGCAUAAAUCCUGCCUGCCAGGAUACCUAAUAAUGGUCACUGAUUGCUUUACCUGGGCAGCCUGGCCGUUCUUUUGUGAUGGUUAAUACUUUAGUUACUGAAUCCAGGUCUCAGGCUCACCCUAUUCAUAAACAAAUAUGCCCUGAAACAGGAUUUGUAAGCAAAAGACAAUGGGGAGGCUUUCCCAUUUCCUUCCUCCUUGCAGAGAAAUAUUUGAGGUCAAUUUGGGAGAGUCAAAAUGGCUUCAGGAUUGCUCUCCUGUACUAUUUCAGACAUGGGGUUUAUAUACUUAUGUAAGUGUUUGCCUUGCACAUUUAUGAACAUUUAAUUUAUAUUUGAGACCUUAGAAUUCUUAUAACAGCAGGAUAAGGCCCAGAACAGUUUUUUGAGCUCAUAGGUGGCAGGUGCCUACUUUGGGGCAACACCAGUGCCACGCUAGGCAGCAACCAUCCACUUUCGUCCAUUUGAUGCCAUCUCUGCCAAGAAGCCAGGAGCGGGGUUGCACUCUGGGCCUCCAUGAAGACUUACUGGUUCUUCCCUAAACAAUCCCUCAAGCAUCACAUAAGGACCACAUAGUAUAGCGAGGGAGGGGAGGCACAACUGCCCUGCCUUGGCAAUACAAGCAUCUCCUACGAGAGGCCUCCAAACUCCUUCCCAGCUGCCAAAACAUUGCUUUUUGUAGUGCCUUCUCUAGCACGGAGCCCUGCUGGGCUGGCACGUGACCCGUACGGCCCCUUUUGCCCAAGCGGAGCCUUUUCGAGCCGCACGCUGGCAUUUCACAACCAAAACCCUCCCCGCCCCGUUCACCAUGAGGGAAAACAAGUCUGGCAUGAGGCCGGAGGUGCCUCCUCACAGCCAUCCCUCUCAACCCCCGGCAAGGGCAAGCCUCCUGGGACAGAUUGAAGAGGCUGCCCCAAAAGGAGGCCCCAGUCCUCGCCGCCUCCCAAGACGAGCAGCGACUCUUGGGGAGACAGGGAGAAGUUGUGGCCUAGAUGUUUAGGUUCCACUUGCUGCUCUAAAGGCAAGCCCAGGGGAGCCGCAGGGUAUCGCAACUAUGACGCAGUGCUUGUUGUUGUUUAGUUUUUCAGUCGUGUCCGACUCUUUGUGACCCCAUGGACCAGAGCACGCCAGGCACUCCUGUCUUCCACUGCCUCCCGCAGUUUGGUCAAACUCAUGCUGGUAGCUUCGAGAACACUAUCCAACCAUCUCAUCUUCUGUCGUCCCCUUCUCCUUGUGCCCUCCAUCUUUCCCAACAUCAGGGUCUUUUCCAGGGAGUCUUCUCUUCUCAUGAGGUGGCCAAAGUAUUGGAGCCUCAGCUUCACGAUCUGUCCUUCCAGUGAGCACUCAGGGCUGAUUUCCUUAAGAAUGGAUAGGUUUGAUCUUCUUGCAGUCCAUGGGACUCUCAAGAGUCUCCUCCAGCACCAUAAUUCAAAAGCAUCAGUUCUUCGGCAAUCAGCCUUCUUUAUGGUCCAGCUCUCACUUCCUUACAUCACUACUGGGAAAACCAUAGCUUUAACUAUACGGACCUUUGUUGGCAAGCUGAUGUUUCUGCUUUUUAAGAUGCUGUCUAGGUUUGUCAUUGCUUUCCUCCCAAGAAGCAGGCGUCUUUUAAUUGCGUGACUGCUGUCACCAUCUGCAGUGAUCAUGGAGCCUACCUGGAGUAGGAACCGGCAAGCCACUCCAGUAUCCCUGCCAAGAAAACUCCAAUGACGUAAUACAGUGGUUCCCAAUUGUUAGUCCCCAGUCCUCAGGGGGUCUGCAUAACCCAACCAAGGGUCCUUGGCACCCAUUCACAUAACAAAAGUGACCACCAAGAUAUAAAGGUUUCUAGAGUAAAGGGUCAGUGGCUUUGCUUUUGAAAAGGGGGACGGGUCCGCAGUACUUGGCCAAUUGGGAGCCACUGAUGUAGUGAAUAGAAUAGAAUGGAAGGCAAGAGGCAGGAGAGGUGUCAAAUUUUGGCCUUGCAGAGGGUGCCACUGAAAUUGGAAAGGUCAAAGUCUGCCCCAGAUUCCCCUCUCCACUUGGGUACUCCGGACUUUAAAAUUUGUUUCAGAAAUCUAUUGCUCGGCUUGAAAUUGCUUACACUACAAGUGAGGAGGCUUAUAAUUGCACUCUGCCAGCAGAUGGCGCCGGUAACCUUGCUUGUCACUUAUUUUUCCGCCCCAGAUGGCAGAACCCAAAAAAACGGGUUUGCAUCUGGGGCUCUGAGGUCCCUAUGCCCCGUACUUUUUAUAAGAGGCCAUACAUAUAUACAAACCUGUGGUUCUUAAAGGAUCAAACACCGCUUGCUUAUUUGCUUAAUUUAUGCAUUGCUUCCCAAGAAACACCUCAUAGCAAUUAACAAUAAUAAAAGAUCAACAGUAAAAGCAAUUUCAUACACAGACUUGGGAGGGAGCUCCGAAGGGUUGUGGUGCCGCCACACUAAAGGCCUGAUUCCUGCAUCAUGUGGGGGUGGGACAGAUCUCUUCUAUCUGCAGCACAAAGUCUAGUCUGCAAAGCAUGCUAUAGAAUCAUAGAAUUGUAGAGUUGGAAGGGGACAAUGUGGGCCUUGAACCCACAACCUUGAGAUUGCCUCAAGCUCUACCGACUGAGCUACCAGCUGAGUAUAUAAGGGUCAAGACGCUGUCUUAGAUUAUCCUGAUAUCGAGCCGCAUAGGGCUUUGUAUACCAGGACCAGCAUAUUAAACUUAGUCCCGCAGCUAAUUGGCAGCAGGUUCAAGGCCUUCAACACUGGCGUAACAAGAAGCCGAUACAAUGGUACCUCGGGUUACAUACGCCUCAGGUUACAGACUCCGCUAACCCAGAAAUAGUACCUCGGGUUAAGAACUUUGCUUCAGGAUGAGAACAGAAAUCAUGCUCUGGCAGUGUGGCAGCAGUGGGAGGCCCCAUUAGCUAAACUGGUGCUUCAGGUUAAGAACAGUUUCAGGUUAAGUACGGACCUCCGGAAUGAAUUAAGUACUUAACCCGAGGUAUCACUGUAUUCUGCCCCCAGGGAGCAGUCCAGCUGCUCCUUUUGCACUCGCUGCAGGUUCCAGGCCAACCACACAGAGGGGAUUGCAGUAAUCCAGCCUGACAGUUUACCAGCACGUGGCUGCAGCUGGUGAAAGGAACUUCUGGCCACUGAGAACAGCUGGACGUCUAUUUAUUUAUUUUUCCAAUUUUUUAAAUUCAUUUUAUAACACAAAUAAACAAUACAAACAGAAAUACAAACAAAUUCUUGUCUUAUCCUUAUUUUUUCUAAACAUUGUUAGGUGAGCUUCCCCAAGUCCCCCCUAUCUGAUUUUCAUUUUACCUCACCUUUAGCAGUUUCAUACAUCAUAAUUUUUAACCAAUUUUUUUUAUCACACUUACUUUUACCUUAAAAACCUUCACAUUUUUUCACUUACAAAUAAUACUAUUUUAAAAUACACUAUCUUCUACUUCUAACCCUACAGCCUAUAUCCACUUCCACAGCUAUUCUAAGAUUUAAAUAUUAACAUAUUUUUCCAAAUAUUCUUUAAGCUUCUUCCAGUCUUCUUCCACCAUCUCUUCUCUCUGGUCUCGGACUCUCCCAGUCAGUUCAGCAAGUUCCAUAUAGGAGGACAGCUAGGCUUCUAGCGACACAGAUGAUGCAGGCGAAUCCCUGGAUUUACAAACUUACUCCUUCAGAGGAGAGUAUGCAGGCAAUUGUCCCAGCUGGAGAACUGGACACUCUCAGCACCUCUGCCUUGCCAGGAUUCAGAAUCAGUUUGUUGGCCCUCGUCCAACCCACCGCUGAGUCCAGCCACUGGUCCAAGGUUUGCACAGCUUCUUCUGAUUCAGAUGUUACGGUGAAAUUGUUCCACCAGCACACAGAGGACACUGUGCCCCGGAUCGCCAAAUGAUUGUUCCCAAUGGUUAGUGUGGGAGGUUAAAUAGCUCUGGGAACAAGCUGGUACCCUGCAGCACCCCACGGUACAACUGCUGCUCCCCCCCCCAAAAAAAAAUAAUAAUCACCCAGUGUCAGUGCUAUUUGUCUAGGGGAAAAAAGAGGUGCUGGAACUCACUUGGAAAUGCCCCCUUUGGUAAAACAAGGACCCUCCUCAAUACCCAUCUAACAGAGUCAGUUCAAGAAGAUUCCACCAUCAGUGGAAUAUUUGCUGAGAGAUCAAGCAAGAAUAAUAGGGUGGCCAGGGCUUUUAUUCAGCCAGAACUCAGUUCCGGCACCUCUCAGGUGGGCACCAUUGCCAUUAUAAGAGAACAAGGGAGGUGUUUCAAGGUGAGUUCUGGCACCUCUUUUUCUUGAAAAAUAGCACUCCCCUUGUCCUUCUCCCCAUGAAGUUCAUCCAUCAGAACAUUUCAGGCCUUUUAAGAGCCAGGCCUGGACCCAGCCUGAAAAGGGACAAGGUGAUCCGUUUCACCCAAGAGUAUUUGCAACUGUCUUGCCACUGUCUCCCUUAAUCGCCUUUCCCCCAUGGAGGGUAUUUGUCACAAGUCACUGGGUCCAGACUGAACUUUCUUCUCAGGAGUGGUGGGAUCCCCUCUCUUUCAAGAGGUCCAGGACCACUCCCCUCGUGCCAAGAUGUGUUCACCCACAUCUGAAUUAUGUAUUUAGACCAUCUUAUAUACUGCCGAAUUGCAAUCGUCUUUAAUUCCCCCCCCCCAAAAAAAAUUUCCAAACAUUUUAUUGGUUUUUACAAUAUUAACGACAAACAAAAACACAAAACGAACAAACAUAACAAACAUAAACCAUAACCUUAUUGCAAUCAUCUUUAAAGCCAUACAAACUUCAGACAAAUUCGCUCUGGAUCCUGGUAGGAUGGUAGUUAAUAACUCGAACCAUACACACAUUUUUUCCAUCUUUUUUAUUUUUUAACCUAAACUAAAACAAGUUUUAUUGCGUUUGCUGAAAACCUUUCACAACAUCAUCCAAGCGACCUCAGCGAGCGUUUUGAUUUCAAAUACUCUGAUUGUUUCUACUUUUAGUUAAGGAUUUUUAUUUAUCUCGCUUGCAGCCUUUAUGGGGGGGGGCUUUUCGUGGAGGAAGGAACCUGGACAGCUCAGUUGGCUAGAGCCUGGUGCUGAUCAUUGCCAAGGUUGCAUGUUCGAUCCUCUGCAGGGGUUGGACUAGGAUCUUUAAGGAUCCCUUCCAACUCUACAAUUCUACGACUUGCUUGAUUUACGCCUGGCAACGCCUGGGGUCCCUUCGUCCUGAUGGGUCUUCCUUUGAGUAAAUUUAGCUGGCUGCAGCCCCCGCUUCCUCCUCCUCCUCCUCCCCCUCCUCCCCUUGCUUUAAUCCUACGCAAGGCCGCUUAUCCAAGCGGUCGCCGGGCAGGAGGACGAGGUAGGAGCCGCUGCUGCAGCCGGAUCCGCCCGCUUCCCUCCUUCCUUCUUGCGCUCCUUGGGGAGGCCUCCGGGACCGGGGAAGGCGGUGGGCCCCGUGAGUGGGUGGGCAGGGGCUGCGGGGGGGCUCGGCGGGGCCAGGAAGGCGGGGGAGGCGUCGCCCAGCCUCCCUCCCUCCUUUCCUUCCUUCCUCCCAUCCGCCUGCGGAGCCGCAGAGCCGCCGCCUCCUGCCCGCCAGAAGGCGGGGCGAGAGCGCCUUGGCCGCGCAGGCAGGCAGGCAGGUAAGUACUUGGGUGGGUGGUUUUGGGGUGGGGGUCUCCCUGGUCCCUUCUCAUUCUGGCGUCUUGGAUGAGAGGUUGGGGGUGGCCUCUCCCUCCCCAGCAGGUGGAGGGAGGGGCCGGAGGGGCUUCGCCCAACAACAGCCCUGCGAGGUGGUCCCGCCUUCCUCUGGCCCGGCGUCCUGCAAGUGUAGGCGGGGGGGGGGGGUGGAGGAAGAAAGGGCGGAGUCCAUCACGGCCAAGAGCGGAGACCUGGCGCAGCAACGCGGAUGCUGGGCUCCCCUCUGGGCUUUGCAGCAAGGGUAGCUCAGGCCAGGCAGGGGAAGGAGGGACCAGGGUCGAGGCUAUCACCCCUCCCACCAUGGCAUGCCUGCCAGGUUGCCUUGCCUCGCUGUAAUCCUCUGGACAUGUGCAGAGUGCCGCCUCCUCCUCCUAAAAGGGAUACAUUUUGCCGUCAGCGUGUCUGCAUGCAACCCCCCCCAAAAAAAAUUCAACCCCCACGGAUCUCCAGGUGAGACCUGGGAAACUUUGGGAAGGGUUGCAGCCAGCAGAGGCCCUUAAAAAGGAACAGAGAUGCUACUGGCCAUGUGCAAAGUUCCUCCCCCUGUUGUAUAUUAGCAAAGGAGGGUCCAGUCAUGUCCCCGAUAAUAUGAAGUCAAAACCAAACCCAAAAUGGCAGCUUACUAAAAAUCCUAGAGGGACUGUAGAGGUCACCUAGUUGAAAUCCACAUCCCCCCACCCCCACCCCCGCUGCUCAUUGCAGGAAUUUGCAACUGCAGCAGUCCCUUGGGGGAGGCUGCCCAUUCUACCCACAGCGAACGAGGGCCCACUGGAUUCAAAGGUAGCCUCAGUCUCUGUUCCACUAUCAAAUAAUAGAUCUUAGCUGCUCGGAGGUUAUCUGCCCCCCUUCUCCCUUGGUUCUGGUCCUGCUUGCUGGAGUAUCUGCAGGGGAUUCCACUGAGAGCAGCUACACAUCUCUUACCGUGACUUUACAUUGCUUCACAAGAGCAUCUUGCUAGAGGGACAAAAUUCAAGCCGUUUGAUCAUUUUGGAUGAAUAGUGUGUGUGUCUCUGUGAGUGUGUGUGUGUUACGGUUGCAUAUCUUUCAAUUAACUUCUAGGGUUGCCAGGUUUCUUGCAUACUCUCCUUUGGAUUCCUAUGAGGGGCCUUGCUCAUGUUCUGGGGGUCCGGAGGAAACGGGAUUAUGAUAUAGGGGAUUUGGCAAAGACUUUCCGAGCGCUGGAGGGACACGAGUGGCGCUGUGGGUUAAACCACAGAGCCUAGGACUUGCCGAUCAGAAGGUCGGCGGUUCGAACCCCUGCAACGGGGUGAGCUCCCGUUGCUCGGUCCCUGCUCCUGCCCACCUAGCAGUUCGAAAGCACAUCAAAGUGCAAGUAGAUAAAUAGGUACCGCUGUGGCAGGAAGGUAAACGGUGUUUCCGUGCGCUGCUCUGGUUCGCCAGAAGCGGCUUGGUCAUGCUGGCCACAUGACCCGGAAGCUGUAUGCCGGCUCCCUUGGCCAAUAAAGCGAGAUGAGCGCCGCAACGCCAGAGUCGGUCACGACUGGACCUAAUGGUCAGGGGUCCCUUUACCUUUCCGAGCGCUGGGUUAAUUGAUGGAGAAGUUGGGGCUGAAGUGAGCCUGCUGGGAAUGGGUUGCAGCUCUGCAAUUGCAGGUGUGUUCAUGUUACUACACACACACACCAUGGGUUUCACAUCUGCACAGCUUCAUUAUUGUCAGAUUUGUUACCUGUUUUGUGUGUGCACCGGGGGACAUUGACAAGAUGGGGAGGGGUGUUUUCACUCUUCCAACAUUGGGCAGAGAUGAGCUUUGUGAACGCAGAGGGGAAACCUAGCACUCAAAAUGCAGCAAGUGCAGAAUAAAGGGAAGUCUGGAUGAAGCCACGAUACAGAGAAAUUGAGCAGGAGAAGCUCUACCCACCCUUUGUCUCCCUGAGAGGAAGCGCUUCACAUUUGCAGUCUUACAGGGGAAAAAUAUGAGGCACAUAGAGAGAGUAGACCCCCACACAUCAACCGGGCACAUUCAUAUGCCCUUACUUGGGAAAAGUUGCAUUCCUCUCUGGCUGCUAUUUCCAGAAGGAAUCCACAGUCUUCAAGCUCUCCACUGGGGAAUUUGUUUAAAUUUAGGAAUGAGCAGAGACUUUGCACGACCAGAACAAGCCUCGAUGAAGGGGAGGUUGGCACAGCGCUAAAAGUUAGAGAGAGGUCAGGGGUCUCUUGUGAGUGCGCCUUCCAUGUACCUACCUCGAGUCAGGUAAGUUUUAUAUAAGCUUUGAACCACCUUCUGAUUUUGUGUGGAGUGUUUUUGGGGUUGUCUGUUGGCAGUAAAUAUCAUCCUCACUUUUCUGUGUUAGGUCAUAAGUUCAGCUCCUCUUCUUCCAUUAAGGGGAACAAGAGUAGAAUCUCUGUUCGGCUAUGCUGAAAAGCCAACACAUGUCUAGAAAUGGUCUAGGGCUAUUCUAGGGACAAAUGACAAAUUGGCAAAUCUCGGAGUCUUGAUGGUGUUCAUCAUUGUGUUCUUAACACAAUCCUCUUCAUGUGUAUGUUGAAGUAAGCCCUAGUGAGUUUAGUGGGACUUGGAUCUAUGUAUUUUUUUUGCAGGAUUUCAGCCUAAAGAACUUGGAUAUGAACUUGCUCAAAAUAUUCCACCUCUUGCUAAAAUCUUCCCCCUUAGCAGAGAACUGGAAGGAAGGCAACUUAACACGUGUGUGUGUGUGUGUGUGUAUAUAUAUAUAUAUAUAUAUAUAUAUAUAUAUAUAUAGUGUAUCCAGGGGCAGGGGGAGGAUCCAGGAAAUUACAUUGUAAUGUCCAUUUCAGGUAAAUUGGUGGAAAGCAUAAUUAAAGACAAAAUUGAUCAUGCACAUAGAAGAACAAGUCUAGCUGAGAAUGAAUCAGCAAGGCUUCUAUAAAGGGAAGUUCUGCCUCAGCAACCUUUUAAGAGUUUGUGAAGAAGAGUCAAGGAGCACGUGGAUAAGGGAAAUCCAGAAGAUGUUGUGUACAUCUUCUGACAUCCAGCGUAGCCUAGUGGUUAGAGUGUUGAGCUAUGAACUUGGAGACUAGAGUUCAAAUCCCCUCUCAGCCAUGAAGCUCACUGGGUAAGCUUGGGCCAUUCACCAUUCCUUGGAGGAAACACGGGGUAGAAAUGUAAUAAUAAGCACACUCAAAAACCUUUUGACAAAGAAACACUUCACCGAAAGCAAAUUAAAUCAAAUGCAUUUAACAGUCAUGGAUAAGACAAUAGGCCUUUUUUUAGGAGUUAGUAACUAAUUAAAGAACAGUAAGCAGAGGGUGGAGUAAAUAAGUAUUUCUUGCAAAGGAGGAAAGUAAAAAGUGGAGUCUGUCUGCCUGCAUACUGAGGGAAUCGGAGCUUGUUGUGACUCUCCCCAGAGGGUGCUGUGCAGUCGUAGCGAAUGUUGUUUAGUCGUUUAGUCGUGUCCGACUCUUCGAGACCCCAUGGACCAGAGCACGCCAGGCACUCCUGUCUUCCACUGCCUCCCGCAGUUUGGUCAGGCUCAUGUUUGUAGCUUCGAGAACACUGUCCAACCAUCUCAUCCUCUGUCGUCCCCUUCUCCUUGUGCCCUCCAUCUUUCCCAACAUCAGGGUCUUUUCCAGGGAGUCUUCUCUUCUCAUGAGGUGGCCAAAGUAUUGGAGCCUCAGCUUCAGGAUCUGUCCUUCCAGUGAGCACUCAGGGCUGAUUUCCUUAAGAAUGGAUACGUUUGAUCUUCUUGCAGUCCAUGGGACUCUCAAGAGUCUCCUCCAGCACCAUAAUUCAAAAGCAUCAAUUCUUCGGCGAUCAGCCUUCUUGAUGGUCCAACUCUCACUUCCAUACAUCACUACUGGGAAAACCAUGGCUUUAACUAUACAGACCUUUAUACUGAGGGAAUCGGAGCUUGUUGUGACUCUCCCCAGAGGGUGCUGUGCAGUCGUAGCGAAUAGCUUAGUGCAAACACUGUGCGACAGCUGCGGAAAAGGCUAAUUCCAUGCUGGGGAUUAUUAAGAAAGGGACUGAAAAUAAAACUGUCAGUAUCGUAAUGCUCUUAGGCAAAUCUUUGGUGCAGCAGCUGCUUUUGGAUCUCUUUCCCCUUCUCUUUCCCCAUCCCCCAUUUCAAAAAAUAGAGUAGGAAAAGGCGGAGCAAUCAAAAAUAUGUUGGGACUAUGGAGGCAACUCCCCAAAGGAGUAAGGGUAAAGCUACCAUUAUUCCUGUUGAGACAACUUCCCCACCCACCCACCAUAAUACUAGAAGUUCAGGUCACCCAGUGAAACUUGCCAGCUGGCAGAUCCGAGCGAGAUAAAAGAGAGCCGCUGUUCGCACAGUGUGCAAUUUUAACCUAAAGCUUCUGCAAGAAGAUGGCGGCAGGUUUAGAAAGGGGAAUAGACACGUGGGGCAAUGGCUGUGUUGGUGGAGAGGAAGGCAAGCUGCCCGUUGGAGGCUGGCAGCAACUGGAAGUCACCCCAUGCCUUUGUGCCAUCCUCUGCUGGGUCACCCAUCUUGCCACUCACCAUGUUGGCAGCAGGAGGUGCAGGGAGACAGCACUGGGCUCCUUUGGGAGGAAGGGCCGGGUUUAGAUGUGAUCAAGUGGAAUGUUUGCCCUGUGUUGAUCAUGAGUUUGCACGCCGCCUUUUCUCUCAAUGCCCUCCAGAUGUUUGGGACUGUAACUCCUGCAGCUUAGAGUGGGGAUUGUAGUCUAGAAAGACAACUGGAAGGCAGCUAGAGAUUAUAAAAAUGUCUCUCUCUCACCUUCCUUAAAUCAGGGCCUCCAGCUGUCUUUGGACUACAAACCCCCAUCACCCCUUGCUAGAAGGACCAGUGAAAGCCUUGCACAAGAGUUCUUUGGGGACCCUGUGGGGUAUCUCUUGUUCCUGGGCUUGGGGAACUCUACACAGAAGCAUUUCCUCUUACGUUGGCCCUGGGAGAGAGUUUUUUGGAGGAGCGUGCUCACCUUUCAGCACCGACAGGCUUUGCCAGGCGAACCUCCCUGAGAGAGCCGCAGAGAUAACCCGGGCUUAUGCAGUGGGAAGACUUUCUCCUCCAGCAUCUCUGAAACCCACUUAGGUUAUCAUCACUAGGCAAUCCCAGUAACUCGUAGCCUCUCUUCUUGCAGGUUGCCUUUUCAGGAGUCCAUGAGAACACAGCCCGGUCUCUGAAGAUGACGGAAGUUCAGAUUGACACCUCCCGCCUGCCUCCGGUGCAGGAAGGUAAGCCAUGCAAGAAGCUAGGAGUUCACCUUGGGGUGUGUGUGUGCGUGUGUAUGUAUUAGGAAACACAAAGUGAAAGUUCUCUGAGGGUGAUAAUCCCACUUUACUGAUCUGCAGCUUGAAAUACGUGAAAUUUUUAACCUUGAAAGGUGUGGGUGGUUGUUAUUGUUAUAUUAUGAUGAUGGUGGUGAUGAUGAUGAUGAUGAUGAAGAAUUGAAUUUAUAUACCUCCUAUACCCAGAGGUCUCAGGGCGGUUCACAUAAAAAGACCACAGUGUAUAAAAUAAAAAUAAAAGCAAUAACCCAAUAAUAAAAAGGUAAAGGUACCCCUGCCCGUAUGGGCCAGUCUUGCCAGACUCUAGGGUUGUGCGCUCAUCUCACUCUAUAGGCCGGGAGCCAGCGCUGUCCGCAGACACUUCCGGGUCACGUGGCCAGCGUGACAAGCUGCAUCUGGCGAGCCAGCGCAGCACACGGAACGCCGUUUACCUUCCCGCUGGUAAGCAGUCCCUAAUGGGAUGUUGAUCAGGUCAGCCAAAGGCCUGGUUAAAAAGGAACGUUUUUGCCUGGUGCCUAAAGGUGUACAAUGAAGGCACCAGGUGGACUUCCCUGGGGAGAGCAUUCCACAAAUGGGGAGCCACUGCAGAGAAGGCCCAUUCUCAUGUUGCCACCCUCUGGACCUCUCGAGGAGGCGGCACACGAAGGAGGGCCUCAGAAGAUGAUCUCAGGGUCCGGGUAGGUUCAUAUGGGAAGAGGUGGGCCUUGAGUAUUGCGGUUGCAUUUAUAAGAGCAAAACCACAGCUUUGCCCAGUCGCCAUCAUGGCAAGGCAGGGACUUCUGGGAAGCCCACUUGCAGAGCCCAGGCAGCAGUCUGCCUCUGAACUUGGAAGCUCCAUUCUUAAGGAUAAUGUAUAUGCUGCUCUUCUACAAAAAAAGAGAAAUGCACAAAAUAAUCAUCAAAACAGAGAGCAGCUUAUAAGAAGUAAAUAAGGAGGCCAGAUACAGGAGAAAGGAAGUCUUUUAUUUGGUUGUUUGUAUUGUUGUAUGCUAUGCUUAUUGUAUGUUAUGUUCACGUUUAAUGAGGGUGGAUUUCUGUAUUGGGGGGGUGGGAGGUUUAUGUUAUGUUGUAAAUAAAAUUUCUAAUAAAAAUUAAAAACAAACAAACAGAGCAGGUGUGGUGCAAGCCCCCAAAUGCCGCCAGGUACUGAGGUAUGUGGCGUGCCAAACAGCAACAAGCUCACCCGCUUAGAGAUGUGUGCCAAUUUCCAUCUCCUUGCUUCUGCUGUGGGAGCAAAGGCCCAGGAAACCCACUUGCCCUCUGGAGUCUGCCAUGGUCUCCAAUUGAUGGCUGGCAACUGUAUGAUACCUUGAGGCAGAGCCCCCUUUUAAAAAAAAGGAGAGGUCCAGAAGGGAGAGGGUCAUGACAGACACCUCCUUUCUCUUUCUUGCUUUCAUUCCUCCUGCCUCUAAUUAGACAGGGAGGAGAGAGUGAAAUCCUGCCCCUGGCAUGCGGCUGCUUGCUCAGUGCACUGGGAGAUUUGCUUCAAACUUCACUGCGCCUUCUCUCCUGCAGUCACUAGUGUCUAGACACUUGGGAGAGGAGGACUUCCACAAUAUGGAGAGCUAGCCAGGGUUCAGUACAGUGGUACCUCGGGUUACAGACGCUUCAGGUUACAGACGCUUCAGAUUACAGACUCCGCUAACCCAGAAAUAGUACCUUGGGUUAAGAACUUUGCUUCAGGAUGAGAACAGAAAUCGUGUUCCGGUGGUGCGGCGGCAGCGGGAGGCUCCAUUAGCUAAAGUGGUACCUCAGGUUAAGAACAGUUUCAGGUUAAGAAUGGACCUCCAGAACGAAUUAAGUUCUUAACCAGAGGUAUCACUGUACACAGAUCCAGUGGCUGCAGAAUGAUGGCCCCAGGUGGUAUUUGGAAAGGUGGCUCAAGCUGUGGGAGGGUGUCAAAAUCUAAUGCCAGUCCCUUAAAAUAUAUAUAUUUUAGGUAGUCUUCCCCAGCCUGGUGCCCUUCAGGUGUACUGGACCAGAGGCAGCUGCUACACCUUGCCCUGCCAAGAUCUCUAGAAUUAUGUGAGGGUGACAAUUGUGAAGGCCUCAGAAAGCACCUGCCGAGAUGGACGUAGCUAAGGCCUCUGAGAGAAGCUUGCUUUCCCCCUCAUCCCAGCGCUGCAGUGUUGGGGAGGGGCGCAUUUUUUCCGCCACCGAGAUUUGAUUCCGGGCCAGUAAUUAUAAUGCAUGACAUGUCCCUUAUUCACCUUGUAAUGCGAUACGGAGAGGGACGGGGAAAGGAUUAAAUGAAUGUAAUUUGGGAAGGAGGAGGAAAGCGAUGCCAGCUGGAAAUGAGGCCGUGAGGCUGAGUGGAGAGCCACUCGGGGAAGCGAAGCUCAGAGCGGCGGGGUUUCCACUGACCUGCGGCCGCUUGACCAUUCAGCUGCCUCUGGGAAGAGAUUCUUCAGGGCCUCUCUGCUAAAAGAGCAGCAACUUCCGGGCACCCCUGGGUCGCUUCCACAGGGCAGCUGGUUGUGGUGUCAGUGCUGCUCACACAGGCAAAUCUUAUUUUUUUACAAUAUCCACACCAAAGUGCCCCCCCUUUAACCCAGAGUUCUGUUUUCCAUGGUGGUUUUUUUUUACUUCUCAGACAUUCUGCAGAAGAGGCAAGUCCACAUUAAAUGGAACCAGAAUAACAUCCAGUGGCAAUGAGUUCCACAGGCUGCCUUUGAAGGAGCAUUUCCUCUCACAACUCCAAUUCCAGCCUGUUGUUGAAUUCUAAUUGAUCAUUGUUCUAGUUGUUGACUUCCAAUUCUAAUCCGUUCUUUCAGUGGUAUGGAAAAAGGAAUACAGUGGUACCUGGGGUUAAGAACUUACCGUAUUUUUCGCUCUAUAACACGCACCUGACCAUAACACGCACGUAGUUUUCAGAGGAGGAAAACCAGAAAAAAAUAUUCUAAACGAAACAGUGGAUGUAUGAGUUUUGUGGUUCAUGCUGUGGCCACAGACAUGUGAUCUGACAGUGAGUUUGGAGUAGCCCAAUGCAAAAAUCCUGAGGAUCCAUGUGGAUCCGUGCUUUGUAACCAUGUUUUAAGUGGGGAGGGAAGGAAAAGCACUCAAGGGAGAAGAAGCACGCGUGGGGUGUGUGGAGAAGGAUGCUGCUAAUAAUGCAGGCGAGGGGUUUAAGGGGAGAAGAAGCACGUGUGGGGUGUGUGGAGAAGGAUGCUGCUAAUAAUGAAGAAGAGGGAUAUAAGGGGAGAAGGCUCCUCUCCGACUUUGCUUCUUUAAAGCAAGCAGGCUCUGCUUUUCUCCCUCCUCCCCGCUCAUCCCUGGCUUAGCGAGCUGAAAAACCUUGCUGCUAUGUAGCGAGCUGAGUGGGGAGGAGAGAGGGACAGAGCCUGCUUGCUUUAAAGGAACCAACCGGACAGGAGCCGCUUACACUCGUGUAAGUGGCUCCUCUCCUCUCCCGCUUUGCUCCUUUAAAGAAGCAGGCUCUCUGUCCCUCUCUCCUCCCCAAUCAGCGGCUCUUCUCCCGCUUUGCUGUUUCAAAGCGAGCCACGGAGGAGGGAAGGAAGGGGAACCAUGGAUCCUCUGCUCACGACUGCAGCAGAUCCCCCCCGCCACCCGUAGGCAUUCCCUCCAUAACACGCACAGACAUUUCCCCUUACUUUCUAGGAGGAAAAAAGUGAGUGUUAUGGUGCAAAAAAUACGGUAAUUCGUUCUGGAGGUCCGUUCUUAACCUGAAACUUUUCUUAACCUGAGGUACCUGAGGUCUCCUUCUUUGGAGGUCUUUAAGCAGAGGCUUGACAACCAUAUGUCAGGAGUGCUCUGAUGGUGUUUCCUGCUUGGCAGGGGGUUGGACUCGAUGGCCCUUGUGGUCUCUUCCAACUCUAUGAUUCUAUGAUUCUACCACUUUAGCUAAUGGGGCCUUCCGCUGCCACCGUGCCACUGUUGCACGAUUUCUGUUCUCAUCCUGAAGCAAAGUUCUUAACCCGAGGUACUAUUUCUGGGUUAGCGGAGUCUGUAACCUGAAGCUUUGGUAACCCGAGGUACCACUGUACAGAUUUCAGGCAGCCCCCUCUCCCCAAAAUGGUACCACUUGAGACCUUGACUUCCUUACUCACUUGGAGCCACUUGGUGGCUGCUGGCUUCAAGUGGCGAUUCCUGGAGUUGGGGGAGAAGGACCCUAUUCAUCAUGAUGCAAGGACAAUAAACUUGAAGAAUGGUUUUGUUGUUUCGUUUUUGUUUUUUCUGUCCCCCCCCCCCCGGUGCUCCGCAGAAAAAAGAUGCUGAGUGGGGGCUGACUUCCCUAGACUGGGUGUGUCUGACUUCUCAUUUUUUUGGAAGCAAAAGCUGUGUUUUUGCGCAGCACAAAUGUGACCCUCUUGCCCCACUGGCAAGCAGCUGGGCUCUGUGACAAGGCUGACUGGCACUCUUGAGCAAACGAGAGCUUUGCCAGGCGCAAGAAGGCCUGGCGUGCCCGACACGGUCCUUUGUCGUCACCUUGGAAAAGGUUUUCCCUUGCAAUGGGCAAACUUUAUUUGCCGCCCUUUGGUUGAAGUGUGGUUGAGGCCUAAAUGACUUAUUGGGGGGGGGGGGCGUCACAACGUAAAGACUCUCCCCGGCUGGCAUUUGCCACGGCACCCGGUUUAGGCUGAGAGGUGCGGCCCUCCCUGCUCGCUCCCCGCCCUUUUUCUUUUUGUGUUGCGUAAACGGUGCGUGUAGACAGAGAUCUUUCAACACCUUGUUAAGCUGUGCUGACUUGUCAGCCAAGUAGCUGCGGAAUGGCUGGGUGGGCAGGGACUGGGUGUGCAACUUUGGACACACCCAGAUUCUGGCACGGCUCCUGCAAAGAGGCGCCUGUUGCCUUGGGCAGGCUGGCUGCCUUUUUGCCAAGGGAGCGCAGCUCACAGUCACCUCAGUGCUGCUGCCGCUGCCACCUCUUCCUCCUCCUGUUAGGAAGGCAGAAUGGAAGUCCUGGAGGCAGCAUUGAUGCUCUGUGGGGUUACAAGUAUUUGGCAGCAACUACACAAAACAUGAGGGAUGCGGGUGGCGCUGCAGGUUAAACCACAGAGCCUAGGACUUGCCGAUCAGAAGGUCAGUGGUUUGAAUCCCCACGACGGGGUGAGCUCCCAUUGCUCGGUCCCAGCUCCUGCCAACCUAGCAGUUGGAAAGCACUUCAAAGUGCAAGUAGAUAAAUAGGUACCACUCUGGUGGGAAGGUAAACGGCGAUUCUGUGCGCCGCUCUGGUUCGCCAGAAGCGGCUUAGUCAUGCUGGCCACAUGACCCGGAAGCUGUACACCGGCUCCCUUGGCCAAUAAAGCGAGAUGAGCGUCGCAACCCCAGAGUCAGCGACGACUGGACCUAAUGGUCUGGGGUCCCUUUACCUUUACCUUUGUUGUUGUUUAGUUGUUUAGUCGUGUCCGACUCUUCGUGACCCCACGGACCAGAGCAUGCCAGGCACUCCUGUCUUCCACUGCCUCCUGCAGUUUGGUCAAACUCAUGCUGGUAGCUUUGAGAACACUGCCCAACCAUCUCGUCCUCUGUCGUCCCCUUCUCCUUGUGCCCUCCAUCUUUCCCAACAUCAGGGUCUUUUCCAGGGAGUCUUCUCUUCUUAUGAGGUGGCCAAAGUAUUGGAGCCUCAGCUUCAGGAUCUGUCCUUCCAGUGAGCACUCAGGGCUGAUUUCCUUCAGAAUGGAGAGGUUUGAUCUUCUUGCAGUCCAUGGGACUCUCAAGAGUCUCCUCCAGCACCUUUACCUUUAUCUUUAUACAAAAUAUUCCUCCUCCAAAUGCUGUUUCGGAUGGCUGUGAGCUUCCUCGGUCCAAAGCACAGUGGCCAGAGGACUGGCUGGCUGGCGAGCUAGUCACAACUAUCUUAAAACAGAUACCCCAGUGGUUGGUUUGUCUUCAGGCCCAGUUAAGAGUUCUGCUCACAUUUGUGUUUAGAGCUCUAAACAACUUAGGCCCCAAACAUUUGAAAGUCCCUCUACCGGCCUUCUUGGGUGCUGAGAUUUGCUGAGAUGCACCGCCUUAAUCAGGCCUAUUUUGCUGGAUUUGCAUUGCUCUGUUUCCAUUUUGAAUGGCUUCGCCCCUGUUUGAUAAUUGCAAAAGCUUUCCCUGUUACGUAGCUGCAAUGGUUGGAACUCAACCUGCGACUUUGUGGUGUGAUGGAUGGGUAAGAAAACUUGCAGAUAAACGAAAAUAUUGGCAGAACAGGGCUCUGCUGUUGUUUAAUUGUGUUUUCUCUUUUCCCCUGCAGUUUGCCGAGAUUUUGCUGUCCUGGAAGAUGGCGCUUUGGCUUACAGCCUUCAAGAGCAAGAGAGUAAGAGCUGAUGGAACUAUUCCCUCUCCUCUUCGUCGGGGCAAAGGCUCAGAGCAAGCCCAGCCUUGCCUUCCCUUCCCUGGCCAGUGUUUUGGAUUUUCUUGGGGUCUUUUUCUACCUGGUCUGGCUGGGCCCCUGGCUUCAGCAUUUAAUAAUAAUAAUACAGUGGUACCUCUGGUUGCGAACGGGAUCUGUUCCGGAGCCCCUGUUUGCAACCUGAGCAGAACGCACCCUGCGUCUGCGCGGGUCGCGAUUCGCCGCUUCUGUGCAUGCGUGUGACAUCAUUUUGAGCGUCUGCGCAUGCACGAGUGGCGAAACCCAGAAGUAACCCUUUCCAAUACUUCCGGGUCGCCAGGGGAUGCAACCUGAAAAGAUUUAACUUGAAGCAUCUUUAAGCUUACGGGAUAUAUAAAAACAUAGUAAAAUAUCAAGCAUUAAAACCUCCCUGAUACAGGGCUGCCUUCAGGUGUCUUCUGAAAGUUUUGUAGAUCUUUAUCUCCUUGACAUCUGAAGGGAGGGUGUUCCACAGGGAGGGUGCCACUACUGAGAAGGCCCUCUGCCUUUAGCAUUAACACCCCCUCCCAAAAAAACCCCCGCAUAGACCCCACCCACUUAGAGGCCUUCAGAUGAUCCCUGGAAAUAGGUCCGUCCUUCAUGCUCAAGGCAUCCUUUGGAACGCAUUUAGUUUUUCUAGUACGGGGUGCCUGUUGGAGCCAGAGUUUUUACGGCCUUUUUUUUUUUAGUUAAUUAAAUGGAGCCUAGUGCUUCAGUGAAUCAACCUUGCAGAUUUUAACGAGGAACAGGCUUGACAGGCACCGCUCUCCCCAGGGACGCUCUCAAGGUUGACUCCUUUGGAAGGGGACAGUUCCUCCUGCAACCCAGAUGGGCCGCCUUGCGCACCCCAGCCUGUCUUGGCUGCCACAGCGGAUACCCAUGAAUCAUUCCGCGACGUCAUUCCCCGCUGCAGUGACGCACACGGUCCAGGCAGAGGACACUUCUCCCGCCUCCCCCGGUGCCGCCCCCUUUGCCACCCACACCCUGUCAAUGGAGCUGAUGGAUGGCAGCUAAGAUCAGGGCUGCCAGGGGUGGUGGGAGCAGCUGGCUGGCCAGCCAAGCAGCUCUUGUCUAUGGCACCCAGGGGUGGUGAGUUAGGGUGGCAGGCUGAAGAGGAAAGAGCCUUCCUUCUCCGUCUCUCCUCACCAAGCACCCUUGAGAGGGCAAGAAAGUGUGAACAGAUAAUGCCCAGCAGACAGGAUCUGGAAGAGAUCCAGUCAGAUGAGCAGCUUGGCAUCACGCCACCUGUUUGGGCUGCUACCUCAGAGUCCUAUUGCUCCAUCUUGCCAGUCUUCCUUUCCCCCAUCUGCCCAGUGCCUGGAGAGGCGGCCCAAGGAGUGUUGCCCCCCGAAAGUGUGUCGCUUGAAGCAGGAUCACACAUGCCCUGCAGCAGCUUCUUUGCGUUAGGCCAUGGCUCCUCCGUGGCAGCCAUUUUGCGACUGCCGCCCCCAGCACUCUCUCAAAAUCCAGCCUAGAUGGACCGGCAGCAGCUCUCCAGUGUUCUAGACAAGGAAGUCUUUCUUCCCAGCCCUACCUGGAGAUGCCCUUGAAGGUGGGGAAGGGAGGAGAGAGGAGGACGAAAGAGGCCUCUCCAUUCCAGCCCACGCAGUGAAGUUUCCAUCUCUUCGCAGUUGAGCAGCAUUACACUUCCAACAUUCAGAAGAACCAGCUGGUCCAGAAGGACAUCCGAAUUGCCAAGAAACUUCAGGACCUGGAGGAGGAAGCCAGGAGGAAACACCAGCUCUCUGAGCAGCAGAAGGAACUGUAGGUUUGCUUUGGAGUCCCAACUUUAUUGCAGGGAGGCGGUGUCUCUUGCUUUGGGUAGGAGAUAGAGUUAUGGCGAUGCUUAUGGCAAGGCAUCCCAGUGGGAUGGACAAGGCCUAGUCUUGGUUCUGCUGCGGCUGCAUCUUCCAGUGUUUCCCGAGCUUAGGUCUGCAGCUGUUUUCAAACUACAGUUCCCACUGGUCCUGCUAGCUAGGGAUGAUGGGAGUUGUAGUCCAAAAACAGCUGGAGACCCACAUUUGUGGAUGAGCAUGGAUUGGAUGUGGGGAAAGUGGGGCAGACUAAUUCUGAAAGGACUCUUUUCCAAGCCUCUUUUUAUUCAUUUUAUUUGCUUCUUAAAUUUCUAUACAGCCCUACACCCCAGGGUCACAGAGCGGUUUACAAUAUAAAAACACAAAAAUACACAACAUGGUGACAAAUAAAAACAAUGCCCUCCCAAGUUUAAAAGGCCAUAGGUUGUUUAAUUAGCCAAUGGCCUGGGAGAAAAGAAAUGUUUUUGCCUGGCACCUAACGGUAUGUAAUGAAGGUGUCAGGCAAGCCUCCCUGGGGAGAGCAUUCCACAAGCGGGGAGCCACCACGGAAAAGGCCUGCUCACAUGUUGGCACCUCCAGACCACUCAGAGAGGGGCACAAGAAAAAGCGUCUCAGAUUAUGAUCUCUGGGUCUGAGUCCCAGAGGUGGGAGAGGUGGUCCUUGAGGAAUUGCAGUCCUGAGCUGUUUAAGGCUUUAUAGGUCAAAACCAGCAUGUUGAAUUGUGCCUGGAAUUGGAUUGGCAAGCAGUGCAGUUGAGCCAGAGUUGGCGUUAUAUGCUCUGACUGUUUUGCUCUGGAGUGAGCAAACUGACUGCUGAAUUAUGCACUGGCUGAAGUGUCCAAACCAUCUUCAGAGGCAGCCCCGCGUAUGAUGUGUUGCAGAAAUCUAACCUAGAGGUUACCAGAGCAUAGACGGCAGAAGUUGGGCUAUCCCUGCCCAGAUUAGAUCAAGCUGUUCUUUGAGGCUGAAAGGGACAUAAACUGAGGUUUGUUUUCCCCCCUGUGCAACUCCAGUUUUAAUCUGAGCUGCAGAAGAAUUUGGGGCUCUAUUGCUUGCCUCUUUUGCGGGGAGGCAAGCCUUACAAGACCACAGAGCUUGUGUCUGACCUUGCUUGUGGCGAGCUUUGCACCUGCAGUGCAAGCAGACAGAGCAUGCUAAACAUCUUGAUGUCUAAAGUGUGCACCGGGUGCAGAUGUGUAUGCUAGAGGCAAUAGAUGACUUCUCUCUGUAGCUCCCCAGGUGCCUUUGUAAGGUUCCUGUGCUCUUGAGGUCAGAUUAAUGUCAGACAGGAGGCCCUCUGAAGUUCCUGCUCUGUCCCUCUCUCGUGCAUCUGGUGAUUAGCAAGGCCCAGACACAACGGGGACAGAGGCUUCCUGCUUCACUAAUUGCCUCUUCCUUCCCCCUCUCCUGCCUGCAUCACACGCAGAGAAGAUCGGGACUCUGAAAUCGCUCGUGCCAUCCAGGAGGACAUUCGGAGGGAGGCGGAGGAGAGUUGCCAGAGGAAGGAGAAGGACCAGGUAACAGGAACACCUGGAGCCAGGUGGCAGGCUCCCUCGCUUCCUUUGGCCCCCUCUCGGCAGGAACAGGACAGGGUGGGCUGCCUAGCAGGUCCUUCCAAAAGGCAGAUUAUUUUUAGUUGGCUCUAGCACACCCUGCAGUAAUUUGACUCUGGGUCCGCUCACCCUCCGCCAAAGUUAAGUGGGGGGGGGGAAGUAAUGAUGGACUGACAUCAAGUUGCAUAGCCUCAUUGCAAACAAAUCAGAAUGUUUUCAGGGGGUAAAAGGUAAAGGUAAAGGGACCCCUGACCAUUAGGCCUAGUCGUGAACGACUCUGGGGUUCCGGCCCUUAUCUCGCUUUACUGGCCAAGGGAGCCAGCGUACAGUUUUUCCGGGUCAUGUGGCCAGCAUGACUAAGCCGCUUCUGGCGAACCAGAGCAGCGCACAGAAACACCGUAGUACAGUGUAAAUGUUUCCUCCAGGGCAGGACUGGAAAGAGAGAUUUAUCUGGAGGCAGAUGAACCAAUGGCUGCUAUCUUAUGGAUGUUUCCAGGGUGCGUUCGUUGGCUGACUUGGGCUGGGUUCUUGCACCUCCUUGUUCCUCCACUCGCUGGUCAGUGGGAAGCCGGCUGUUCACUGUGGAGCAUUGCGGAAACCCACUUAAAUGAGAGUUUCACCUUUGCAAAAACCUCUUCCUGCUCCCUGCCAUUAGUGGCCAAGGGCAGCUUGGCCGCAAACCGCUUUGAUGGCGACGUUUUAAUAUGUAGAACAGGCUGUUCGGUUCCAAAUAGGAUUAGCCUGGAAAGAGCAGUUUGGUGGAGCUGCUGCUUGUCUGGCUAAUGGAACAAAAGCAAGAGAUCAAAGCUGGCGGGGUCACCUGAGGUGACAGAGAUCCCUGGAAGAGGCUCUGACUGCCUUCUAAGAACAGCAGUCCCAAAUCUGGACUUUCCUCAGCCCCUUCUCCCUCACAAGGGAGUAAAAGCCCUCUGCCCAUUUCCACAGUUCCUCUGGAACAAAAGCUUCCCCAGUAGAAUAUCCUAUUCUAAACCAAUUUCCUUAUCAGGCGGACAGAACGAAAAAUAAAAUUGCCAUCUCCGCUCCAUGGUUUCAGCCGAUCAGAAUUCUUACAUAUAAAAUUACAUUUUUUUGUGGCUGGCUGAAUGUUGGCGUGAAAACAACCUAAGGAACUUUGAAAAAGAUGAAGGCUUGAGUGGAGGUCCAGAACAGCAUUUCACUCUCUGGUUUAAAAAUGUUCUCCGGAAUAUAAAAGCAGGCACAAUAUUCCCACUUUGGGCAGGAGACGCCUGCAGUGCAGAGCUGGCAGCAACUCCUGUCAUCUCAUUGAGUGAGGUUCCCUGUCAAUACCAGGAGCCAUCAAUAAGCCUUGCUUCCACAAGAACCAUUGGGAGGAGUGCACUUUAAGGCUGCUUUCCAGUAGCUCCUUUGCAAGGGGGGUGGGGUGGGAAAUAAGGCCACAGAGGCACAAUUAGUAUCCCAGGUUUCCAUUGUCUUCGUUCUCUGCCAGCUGAAUGGGAGACAGAAAGCACCAUGAAGUAGUGGCAGGGUGAAGCCUGGCUCUGGAAUUCCAUUUCCAUCCCCUCUCAGUGGGUUUUUUCCUCUCCUCCGCACAGGAAAUAGCCAAGCAGCUGCAGGACUUGGAGGAGGAGAGCCUGCAGAAGAAGCAGCAGCUGUGGCUCAGGAGCUCAAGUGCGACACAGCGAGGAGGAGGAGAAGGUAUCUGGAGCUGGAGGAGGGGUGAGGGUUGCUCCAGAGAGGAGGGGCUUCUCUGGGGGCCGCAAACCAGACACGCAAGGCCUCACAAAUUUUGUCUGACUGCAACUUGCGUCCUCAGCUGGAGCGCAGGUGGCACAAGUCUCGUGAGGGCAUCCCAACACGCAUGGCACCAAAGACGGCACCUACUUUGGGUGCCCCCGUUGCCUGGCCAUCGCUGGUGCUGAUGGGAGUUGUAGUCCCACCAGCAUCCUUAAGGCAGCUGGUUGGGAAAGGCUGGUGCAGAGUUAGCGCCCGGCUCUCGGGGAUGUCUCUGGAUCCGAGGCUUUGGCGUUACACCACCCUGCGACUGGGAAAUCUUGGCACCGUUUUCACGUGGCAGAUUUCCAAGCACGAAAGCGCUGGAAGUAUAUCUGAAGGAGCGUCUCCACCCCCAUCAUUCUACCCGGACACAGAGGGCCUUCUGGCGGUUCCCUCACUGCGAGAAGCCAAAUUACAGGGAACCAGGCAGAGGGCCUUCUCGGUAGUGGCACCCUCCCUGUGGAACGCCCUCCCACCAGAUGUCAAAGAGAACAACAACUACCAGACUUUUAGAUGACAUCUGAAGGCAGCCCUGUUUAGGGAAGCUUUUAAUGUUUGAUGUAUUAAGGUAUUUUAAUGUUUUGUUGGAAGCUGCCCAGAGUGCCUGGAGAAGCCCAGCCAGAUGGGCAGGGUAUAAAUAAUAAAUUAUUAUUAUUAUUACAGUGGUGCCCCGCAAGACGAAUGCCUCGCAAGACGAAAAACUCGCUAGACGAAAGAGUUUUCCGGUUUUUGAGUUGUUCCGCAAGACGAAUUUUCCUAUGGGCUUGCUUCGCAAGACGAAACGUCUUGCGAGUUCUUGCGAGUUUGUUUCCUUUUUCUUAAAGCCGCUAAGCCGUUAAUAGCCACUAAGCCGCUAAUAGCUGCUAAGCCGCUAAUAGCCGUGCUUCGCAGGACGAAAAAACCGCAAGACGAAGAGACUCGCGGAAUGGAUUAAUUUCGUCUUGCGAGGCACCACUGUAUUAUUAUUAAUGGACUUUCAGAAGGGGACCAGGCCAGCAUCAGCUGGGUGGUCCUGUUUCUCCCCUUGGCCUUCAGCUGCCAGCAGAGGGACAACCUCCUGCAAUGAGCUCUCAGCUUGCUUAACCAGCAGCACAUGCAGAACUGCUCCUUCGUCGUCCUUCCCCACAACUCCACUUUUCACAUUUGUCUUCCUGUCUGUCUCUCUCUCUGUCUGUCUUCAGAUGACUCCCUUGGGCCCCUAAACUGGGUGAUGGCAGAACUUGAACUCCAGAACCAGCAGCAGCUCCAGCAAGAUGAAGAACUAGCCCGGGAGCUGCAAGCUGAGGAAGUGGCUCGCCUGGUGAGUGCCUAUUUUGUCCUCCUCCUCCUCUCUGGGCCAGGAACUAAGGUUUGGGGGGCAGCACUUUCUUGCCUGUUACAAACUGGGCCUGUCAAAUAAAGACAGCAUGUGAAGGUUUUAAGGUUUCACAUCUGGGGGGGGGGGUUGUGACAACUGCCUGGUACCUUGAAGGUUGUAAAUCUCAUGCUGGGACGUGUUGGCCCCAGGAGCAUUGGGGGAAGGUCCUUGGAAGCCAAAUGGCAUGAAAUGGUUGAAAUCCCGAAUCUUUCAGGGCAGUGCUCUCCACAGCGGGAGAAGUACCAGUUUCCUGCACUUGAGAACUUUCUGCUCACAGUGGCUUCCUCUUGUCAGGAUUCAAUUUCAGUCACUUGGCCCUCAUCCAGCACCCCUGCAGUGGGCUCUGGUGACAAGGGAGGGAGAGCCGAGUGUCUUCAGCAUUCCAGAUCCCCAGCUGACCGCCCUCUCCAGUUCUAAUAGACUCACAGAACUGUAGAGUCGGAAGGGACCCCCGAGAGCCAUCUAGUCCAACCAUCUGCAAUGCAGAAAUCUCGGCAUGUGGUCCCCCAUCCAAUUUGAAACCAUACCGGACCCUGCUUAGCUUUCCAAAUGUGCUAGCGGUUUUAUUGCUGCACCACUAGAGGGAUGUUGUUAAAGAGUGCAGAGGAUAAGGUGGGCCCCAUGGGCCCCCGAAACACCAGUGCCAAAGUGUGUGUUUGUGUGCGUAUAGACCGGAGCAAAGACGGUCUGAGCAUAUUACACCGAUCCUGGUCCGACUGCACUGGCUACUGAUUAGUUUCCGGGCCCAAUUCAAAAGUGCUGGUUUUGACCUAUAAAGCCUUAAACGGCUCAGGACCUCAAUACCUCAAGGACCGCGUCUUCCCGUAUGAACCUACCCAGACCCUGAGAUCAUUUUCUGAGACGCUCCUUCAUGUGCUGCCUCCUUGAGAGGUCUGGAGGGUGGCAACAUGAGAACGGGCCAUGUCUGCAGUGGCUCCCCAUCUGUGGACUGCUCUCCCCAGGAAAGUUCGCCUGGUGCCUUCGUUACACACUUUUAGGUGCCAGGCAAAAACAUUCCUUUUUAACCAGGUCUUUGGAUGAUCUGAUCAACAUCCCAUGUCCUUUUAAAAUGUGGCUCUUUUUGGGGGGGAGGUAUUAUUGAGUUAUUGUUUUUAUUUUAUAUACUGUGGUCUUUUUAUGUGAACCGCCCUGAGACCUCCGGGUAUAGGUGGCAUAUAAAUUCAAUAAAUAAUAAUAAUUGAUAAUAAUAGAUAAAGGAAGCUGUACAAAAGGCAACCGCACUGCCUGGGAAGAUGCUUUGUACUGAGCAAGGCACCACUGAAUCCUGGCUGGCAGCAGCUGCCCAGCAAAUGGCCUGAGGUAGCGUUUAUAUAUCCCUGUAUAUUCCAGCAUGAAUCAGAAUUACAAGGGCGCCUCAGAAAAGGAGCAGGUGUUAUUUUGCCUUCCCGGGGUGAGAAUCAAGUUUGCAGCUCCUGCCUUGGGAGAGCAGGGCUCAUCCUCUGUAUUGGAAAUGCCUUGUGAAAGAAAGAAAGAAAGAGAAAGAAAGAAAGAAAGAAAGAAAGAGAGAGAAAAGGAUUUGUGGUGUGGACAGAGCUCCUCCUCUUCCAUCUUCUCUGUACCGCCUUGUUUUAUUAGCUUUUUCACUCUCAUGCAGAAAGCCAGGAAGAACCGGGAACGCCACAAUGACUACAGGGCAGCCCAGGUGGCUCAGGAUGAGGUAAGGAGCUGAUCGCUGGUCUGUUCGCUUGGCUUGGCUCAGCAGGGCUUUGGGGUUUGUGGGGGGGUCGCAGCUGUGGGCUUGCCCACUGGUGGAGAGGGUGGCAUCAAAGCAGCUCUGGCGUGACGGCCCAGCCCAGCUCCAACAGCAUCCAAGGAUGAAAGCAGCUCUCUCGCCUCCCUCCAUAAACAGCCAGGCUCCCUCCUUCAAGCUGGACCAUGACUGGCUGGCUCGCAGUUGAGGCCACAGCGCUGCCAAGCCAGCUGUGCUCACCAUGGGCACCAGAGCGAGGGUUUGCUGCUGGGGGGCUCCUUGCCCACUGCCCCACCCUCCUCUGAGUGUGAAGCAGUGUCCCAAGAGCCAGUUUGUCCUCCCCCCCAGAGCCUUGUAAGCUGCUCAGGCCCUACUCCACUGACCUCUUCCCUCCCUCCUUCCUUGAGUCCUUUUGUGGGUCCUUUUGCCUGAAGACGCCUGCUUUGUGGGUGGGGGGCUCCCUUCGGCCCCCUCACAGCUCUGCGCCUGUUCAGAAGAGCCCCAAGACCUCCCUGUUUGUCUGGGCCUUUUUGGUUGAGAAGAAGAAGAAGAAGAGAAGAAGAGUUUGGAUUUGAUAUCCCGCGUUUCACUCCCCUUCAGGAGUCUCAAAGCGGCUAACAUUCUCCUUUCCCUUCCUCCCCCACAACAAACACUCUGUGAGGUGAGUGGGGCUGAGAGACUUCAAAGAAGUGUGACUGGCCCAAGGUCACCCAGCAGCUGCAUGUGGAGGAGCGGGGAAUCGAACCCAGUUCACCAGAUUAGGAGACUACCGCUCUUAACCACUACACCACACUGGCUCUCACACUGAGCCAGGAAAGACUGGAGUGUGGUAGGUGCUUUUGGACCUGGAGUGUGGGCUGUUGAGCUACAAAUGCCUCAACUCUCCUCUGUGGACCCUGAAAGACUUCGAAUCCUCUCAUCUGGAGCAGAAACCGUCCAAGGCCAGUUUGUUAGGGUGCAUCCUGGAGCUAAGCAACCAAAGGGCUUGUGCAGGUGGAACACAGGUGGGUGGGUGGGGGACGCCAUUUGGAAAGCCUCACAAGGCCAACGUCACUGGGCUCCGAGACAGAAAUACCUUCAAUGAGAGAUAUUGACUUGCCUUUCUUUAAAAAGGUCUUUCUCCCUCCCCUAUGCUCCUCCCAGGAGAUUGCCCGCUACAUGCAGGACCAGGAACUAAAAGCUCAAUGGAGAUCCCCCAGAAGGAACAAGGCCAUGACAGGGGCAAGGGGCAAGGGCACCACCAUGGAGGAGGCAGCCCCCAGCAGCAGCCCCAGCCAAGAGGUAAGUGACCCAGCUGGGGUGGGUGUGUGGCAAAAGUCGCCUCUGCAUGGACCCAGCAGCUUGGAGCUGACAUGCAUAGCAAAUCUUGACGUGAGGGUGCUCCUAACGACAGGUUCUAUGCCAGGGGUCAGCAAACUUACUGCGCCUCGGGCCAGUGUCUCCAGCACUGAUCGUACGGCGGGCCAGAGGGUAAGGGAGUGCGUGCCCAUACGCGUGCGCACACGCUAUUUCCAGCGCACUUCCGGGUCAGAGGAGCAACGGAAAUAGCUUGUGCGCAUGUGCACGGGCCUCCUCCGACCCGGAUGUGCACCAGAAAUAACGCAUGCACACAAGCUAUUUCCGGUGCUCCUUUGACCCAGAAGUGGGCAGCCGCGCAGCGCCGAUAAGAGCAGGUGGCAGCAGCAGGCGUUGCUGCGGGCCGGAUAAACGCGUCCCUUGGGCCUUAUCUGGCCCGCUGACCUUAGUUUGGGGACUGCCCUAUGACAAUACAGUGGUACCUCGGGUUAAGAACUUAAUUCGUUCUGGAGGUCUGUUCUUAACCUGAAACUGUUCUUAACCCGAAGCACCACUUUAGCUAAUGGGGCCUCCUGCUGCCACCACACCGCUGGAGCACAAUUUCUGUUCUCAUCCUGAAGCAAAGUUCUUAACCUGAGGUAAUAUUUCUGGAUUAGUGGAGUCUGUAACCUGAAGCGUAUGUAACCCGAGAUACCACUGUACAGCAAAACCAAACUUUUGACCAGCGUGGGCACAGUGACUUUGAUGCCAAGCCAGUUUCUUUUUUCUUGCUUACGCUCCACUUUGCUUAACACCCCACCUGGACUCGAAAGCAGGCUUGCUGUCUGGCGACGUUUCGGCUGGCCGUUGGAAUUUUCCGAAACGAAAAUUGCCAUUUGCCCCUGAGCCCGUGACCUCUUCUUUUCCUCGGCUUGGCUUACUCUGAGCAAAGCUUAUUUGUGGACUGUGCGGAGGGUUGGGAAAUAAGCACCGUGGGGCGUGAGCAUGGCACCAGCAUCCCUGCGGUGGCUGCGCAGACCUCCGGAGUUCACACCCAGCUCCGAAAGAGAGCAGCUCGUCCCUUGGCAGGCAGGGUCUGUCUUACGUGGCGCCGUGUUGCUUUCUUGCCAGAAGGAGGCGCAAGAGAGCUGUGGAGCCGCAUCGCCAACCGGUCUCUGCUCCUCGGACAGCUCAGAGGUGCCCACCCAUGGAGGCCAGCCGGACAUCAGGUCAGUGCUGCUCAGAUGGUAACUUUGCAAAGAUCCCUUAUGAAUUUAAUUAUUCAAAUGGUUAUUAAAUUCUGCUGUUUCCCUCUCUCUCUUUUUUUAAAGUUCACUUCUGAGACCCAUUUAUUAUCUUCGUUAGAAACCAAAUUUCCGGAGAGGUGGGGGGCAGGGUGGGAGGGAACGCAAAGAGCUGCCAGGGCAACUGGAGGGGAAACGAACUUGCGAGUGUCCUGUCCUUCCUUGCAGGUUGUCCCUCAGGCCGCAGCUGUGCCGGAAUAUCGCAGAGGACCUGGACCCAACCUUCAGGGCCCAGAGGACGGAGGCCCCUGCUGGAAUGGUUUCCCUUUGCUCCAGAGGUGGGUAAUGCAACUGGUUCUUCUGGGAUUGCAAGCCGUUUCCCAGGUGCUGACUGGGGAGGGCGGUGUCCCUUUGACCUCAGGUACACACGAGUGGGACGCGAGUGGCGCUGUGGGUUAAACCACAGAGCCUGGGACUUGCCAAUCAGAAGGUCGGCGGUUCGAAUCCCCAUGAUGGGGUAAGCUCCCGUUGCUCGGUCCCUGCUCCUGCCAACCUAGCAGUUCGAAAGCACAUCAAAGUGCAAGUGGAUGAAUAGGUACCGCUCCGGUGGGAAGGUAAACGGCGUUUCCGUGCGCUGCUCUGGUUCACCAGAAGCGGCUUAGUAAUGCUGGCCACAUGACUCAGGAGCUGUACGCCGGCUCCCUCGGCCAAUAAAGCAAGAUGAGCGCUGCAACCCCAGAGUCGGCCACGGCUGGACCUAAUGGUCAGGGGUCCCUUUACCUUUACCUUUACGCACAAGAGUGGCCACCAGGGGGCAGCAGGGGUUGGCGUGCUUGUUCUUUCAACCCCAAGUGAAGGCUUCGAACAUUUGCUUGGCCACCAUCUUUUAUGUGGGCGACAGCGUGGCAGCCCCUCCUGCCCUCCCCAGCGGCCUCUCUCUGUCCUCUAUGUUCGUUUUGAAGCACUUAUGGUAGUGUAGUCGGGGUGCGCGUUCAGUUAUGUUACGUUCGUUCUCUGAUCUGCCUUGUGUUAAUGAAGGAUGCUAAAGAUAUCCUUUUUCAUAAACAAACCAGCCACAGUUCUGAUCGGUCCAGAUCCGGCAGUGAGAUCCAAUUCCACGUUCAGGUGCUCCAUAAAGGGCAAACGCUAAAGAAUAACAUUUAAUACUUGUCCUUCCAUUCUAUGUCUAGAAUGGUCUUCUCAGCCCCAUUUACUCUCCGCAACGAAAGGCUGGGGCCAUUUAUAAUAAUAAUAAUAUAAUAAUACUUUUUUUAUUUAUACCCUGCCCUUCAAAAACAGGGUUCAGGGCAGCUAACAACAAAUUUAAAACACUUUAAAACACUUAAAUAUAAAAGCAGCAUAAAAUACAAUAUAAAAACAUGAAUAACAAUAAAAAUAAAAAAUCAAUUAGAUAACCCCCAGGGCUAGCUGGCUGAAUUAGUCCUACUUGGGCCAGCGAGGAGGCCAGGGGAAAAUUAGCUGUGGGGUCUCAGAGCGGGUGAUCUUCAUAAAAGGGGAGGGGGAAGGAAGAGAAGGGAAAUAAAAGAUCAGGCUGAAUUCAAAUUAAAGGCCAGGCGGAAUAGCUCUGUCUUUGCAGGCCAGUCAGAAUCUGAGAGUUGGUAGGGACCCCGAGGGUCAUCUAGUCCAACUCCCUGCAACGCAGGAAUCUUUUGCCUAAUGAGGGGCUCGAACCCAUGACCCUGAGAUGAAGAGUCUCAUGAUCUACCAACUGAGCUGUCCUAGCUGCAGCUGAUGGGGAAGGGUAGCCCCAAGGCCCAAGUAGAGCAGGGGAAAACUCAUUGCUGAAACCCUGGUGAGCCGCUGCUGCCAACCAGAGUAGGUGGCACUGAGCUGCCUGAAUUAGUGUCUAAGGCAGCAGCUUCCCCUGUUCCCAUCCCUCCCCGACUGCACCCGGAUGGUGGAAGUUGCUGCUGAUUCCUAUCAUUCUGUUUAUCGUCCCCAAGUCAACACUUGCCCCCUCCAAAAAACCCUCUUUGGCUCCCAUGAAUGCUCCCAAGAUUAUCAGUGGUGAUAAUUGCCAAAAGGCUUUGCAACGAGAUGCGAGCACUUCCUGUGCAAGAGGCCUGCUCCACUGGGUGCUUGGCACCCCAGCACCACCAUGUCCGUGUGCCUGGUUGCCUUGGGGAGGGUUCUCGUCCUAUCUUCCCCCUUAUCUCAGCUGGUAGAGCAGGAGACCCUUAGUCUCUGGGUCAUGGGUUCCAGCCGCAGCAGAUCCCUUCUCCCUGUGCUGCAAAGGGAGGAAGCCUCUUUUCCUACGGCUGUCUUGGGUAUAGCACAACUGCCUCAUCAGCACAGCAGGGAACAGACAUGUGAGCACCCUCCUCCAGUCUGCUGCCCUCCACAUGUUACUAGACUACAAAUCCCAUCAUCCCUGAGCACUGGCCGUGCUAGCUGAGGCUGAUGGGCAUUGUAGUCCAAAGCAGCUGGCUCAUUUGGGAUGUGGGGAUGGCUGCUGCUGGUGAUGCCUUUACAGACAGAUCUCUCUCUCUCUUCUCCUCCGUCCAACCACUUUAGCUGCUGCUGCCCCAGGAGGACACUCAGUCCCUGUGGGCGGCUUCUUCGACUACCCAGACGAGCUCGGCGAACCGGCCUUUGUGUCCCCGACAAAACGACAGCCAGAGAAGGUAGGCCGGCAGAAACCCAGGGACAAGAAGGAAGGCUGCAAGCAACAGUGA